AUGUCCGAGUGGUUAAGGAGAUUGACUCGAAAUCAAUUGGGCUUCGCCCGCUUUGAUCAAAAUAUUGAAACUAAACCUUGUCGUUGUUGUUAUUAUAUCCCUGCUGUUUCGGAUGCCGCAUCACGUGUUCCAGGACAAGAGGCCUCCAAAAAGUUGGAGUCUUUAUCUAAAGAACAAAAAACAAAGUCCGAGCAGAGUGUUCAAAAGGGUGAAUCUGUGCUUUCUGAGAUGUCAUCUCGUAUUUCAGGAACCAUUUCAGAGGCAACGGAUAAAAUGAAGCAUGCUUUUGGGAUGGAGUCUGAAAGCUCUGUGCCCGAAAAGAUGAAAGAAAAGACGUCUGACAUUGCUGAAAAGGUCAAGGGCUCCAUGCCUGAUGUUUCUCAGCGAGCUUCGGAAGGAAAGGAAAAAACGGCUGAAAAGGCUAGCCAAUCAGAGGAAUAUCUCAAGGAGCGAACCGAGCAGUUGAAGCAAGCGGGCGGAGAAAAGAUGUCCGGUGUGGAGGAAGAAGCAAAGAAGGGAAGAGAGUAA